ACGUGGAAAAGGGUAAAGCGCACUGCGCAGUGGCCGGGUGACCCUGAGCUGCUCUUUUCGGAUUCUCGCGCAGCGGAGCUAGUGAAUCAGAAUGUGGUACGAAAUUCUCCCCGGUUACGCUAUCAUGACCGCCUGUCUAAUGGUGCCGGGACUGGCUACAGCAUGGAUCCAUCGAUUCACUAAUGGGGGCAAGGAGAAGAGAAUUGCUCGCUUUGAUUAUCAGUGGUAUCUCAUGGAGAGGGAUAAAAGAGUUUCAAGGCAAAAUUUGUAUUACAAAUCAAAGGGCUUGGAAAAUAUCGAUUGAACUGUUAAAAGUUUAAUAAAGAAGCUGUGUGCGGAAAAAUGUAACAGUGUCUUUUCACUUAAUUUAAUAAAAUAAUACAUAUAUAUUA